GCGUUUUCCUCCCUGCACGUACAACCUGCCGGAAUUUAAAUAGAAGAAGAAAGGACAUAUUUGUUUUUCACCCGGGUUUCUAAAAUACUAGGCACGCUACGUAGCUUUAUGCUGUUGACUCAAUAGCAAAUUGUCCAUAACAUGAUUUGUAGUUUGCAAAAAAACAUUAUAACUUACUUCGUGUUGAAUAUCUGAAGGAGACGUUCGUCGCUGCCUAGUAAGUUAGCUAGCUAGCUGACAUGGCUUGCUAGCUUCAGAAGUUGCCUGUCAACACAUUAGCUUACAUGCUAACGUUAACUGCUGCUUCGGUUCAUACGGGAAAGUGUAAUUAAGUGUUUCUGCUAUUGUCAGACUCGGAGGAUGAAGGUAAAGAUCCGACAGUGGAACGGAGUGGCCUCUUGGUUAUGGGUGGCUAAUGACGAAAACUGUGGGAUCUGCAGGAUGCCCUUCAAUGGCUGCUGCCCAGACUGUAAAGUGCCUGGAGAUGACUGCCCACUGGUCUGGGGUCAGUGCUCUCACUGUUUCCACAUGCACUGCAUCUUGAAAUGGCUGAACUCGCAGCAGGUCCAGCAGCAGUGCCCCAUGUGCCGACAGGAGUGGAAGUUCAAAGAAUGACCCUGUGGAGUAUUCCUGCAGAGACUCUUCUUGGAUUUAAUUUUUAUAUCAGCUGUACAUAACUAUGUUUUUCUACUUGUGAUGGAAUGCAAAGGACACUUGAAUCCUACUGUAUUGCGUUUGCAGAUUUAGUAUGUGAUUAAAGGGGAAAAACCCUACACUGUACUGAAUGGUUCUUGCUCUGCACGGUACAUGCGAGUGACAGUGUUUCAUCAGAAUGGUCGAUUGCCCCAGGAGCCUCUGGCAGCAGUUGGAAGCAUAUGACCUGAAUGUCAGCGUGCACCUGACUGAUUCUGACUUUAAUCCCUCUGCAUGAGAUUAAGCACAUUGUUUUGUGUUUCCACUAAUGAGCCUCCAGAGGCUCUUAAUAAGUUGUUCAUAGAU